AUGGAUGUCGCCUACAGCCCCCGCGCUCUUCGCGAGCGACGCAAGAGCCGGUCGUCGACCAACAUCAACCAUCUGUCCCUCGCCCCCUUGACCGUCAAGCUCCCCCUCGACGAUGCCGACAAUCUCCCCGACGGCCACACGCACCAGACCAUGUCCUACCUGCAAGGCAAGUCGGCACCGACGACGCCUCGCCUCCUCUCGCGCUCCACGACCCCCUCCCGCUCCCGCUCCCAUCAACGAAAUCCCUCGGCCCCCAGCGGCGCCGUCUCCAAGAGCAAGUCUUCGACCCACCUCGCCGCGCGGAAGCCCAUGUCCGGCUCGGUCACGCCGAGGCGCCGGAGGGACGAUCGGUCCGUCCCCGCCGCCGUCGACGACAGCGACUGGAUCCUCCGCACCGGCGCCCUCAUGAGCUCCGAGGCGCGCGAGUACAAGGGCCAGACCUGGCUCGUCUCGCGCCAGAGCUCCACGAGCCUCGCCGGCAUGCGGGACGUCGACGAGGUCGUCUUCGAGCAGGAGCUCGCCCGCGAGCGCGAGCUGCACAGCCGACGCGGCAGCUCCGCCCUCGCCGACGACGACGCAACCCCCAACGGCAGCCGCUUCCCCAGCCGCUUCCAGAGCCGGUCCCACAGCCUCGUCGACGGCCGCAGCCGCGCGGCGACGCCCCUCGACCACGCCUCGGCCGAAGGCUCCUACUUCCCCGCCGCCUGCGCCGCGCCGGGACCCGACUUUGUCAACCUCGACGAGAAGCUUGAGCAGCUCGAGGAGGACGAGGCCCGCGACACGACGCUCGAGGACGAGGUUGCCGUCCGCAGGCUCGUCCGCCGCGGCCAGCCGGGCAAGAGCGGCUCCUGGAUCAGCAACGCCAUCAGCUGGUCCCUCUUCUCCGUCGACGAGAGCGAGGAGGAAUCCGACGACGACGAAGCCGACGACGACGCCGACGAUUCCCCGACCGAGGACGAGCUGUCGCCGACGGGACGGCGGGGUCGCUCCGGACGCCACUUCGAGGGCGUCUCCAACGCACCCCUCGAGAGGUUGCCGCCUCCCGCCACCGACGAGGGUGGGUGGAAGGACGCAGCCUGGCUGCUGAGCGUGGCAACCAAAAUUGUUUUCUAG